CCGGAACAGUGGGAGUAGGGUUAUAAAAGCGAAUGGUCCAAUCCAACCACCAUACAUACAUUCUCGAGUGUUAUCACCACCCAACAUGAGACAAGUACUAAUUGCUCUGGCCCUAUUCGGCUUGGCUGCCUCUGCCCGUCUUGACUACCUUCCCCCUACUCGUGGAGGAGGAGGAGGAGGAGGAUCAGGAGGAUCUUACCAGGGAGCGGGAGGAGCAGGAAGCGGUCCUGGAGGAGUAGGAGGUGGUUACCAAGGAUCAGGAGCAGCCGGGGGUGGUUAUCAAGGAUCAGGAGGAGCAGGGGGUGGUUACCAAGGAACGGGAGGAUCAGGGGGUGGUUACCAAGGAUCAGGAGGAGCAGGGGGUGGUUACCAAGGAUCAGGAGGAGCAGGAGGUGGUUACCAAGGAUCGGGAGGAGCAGGAGGUAGUUACCAGGGAGCAGGAGGAGCAGGAGGUGGUUAUCAGGGAGCUGGGGGAGCAGGAAGUGGUUAUCAGGGAGCAGGAGGAUAUUCGGGAGGUGCCGGAGCUGGCAGACCUGGAGCUGGCUCAGAAAUCCCCAUCCUCCGGUUGGAGAACAACAACAAUGGCGACGGCACCUACAACUACCUUUACGAAACUGGAAACGGCAUCAACGCUCAGGAACAGGGAGACGCCAGAGGAGAUGGGACUCAAGCUCAAGGUUCAUUCAGCUACACCGCCCCAGACGGCCAACAAAUCUCCAUCACCUACACCGCCGACGGCAACGGCUUCCUGCCUCAGGGCAGCCACCUCCCCACUCCACCCCCAAUCCCUGAGGAAAUCCAGCGGGCCAUCGAACAGAACCUCGCUGACGAAGCCAGAGGCAUCGUAGACGACGGCCAGUACAGACAGGGCGCAGACGAAGGUCGCGGCGCAGCUCAGGGAGGAUACGCAGGAUCUCAGGGUGCUCAGGGAGGUUACUCAGGGGCCCAGGGGGCGCAGGGAGGUUACUCGGGGUCCCAGGGAGGCGGUCGAGGAGGAUACGGUGGUGCUCAGGGCGGCUACAGCGGUGCCCAGGGAGGUUUUGGAAGUAGUCAGGGAGGUCAGGGAGGUUUCGGUGGCAGUCAAGGAGGUCAGGGUGGUUUUGGCGCGAGGGGGCAGGCUCCUGGAACGCAAUACGGGGUGCCCAGUGGGCCGGCUGGCCAGCCGAAAGGACCCGACGGUUAUAGAUAUUAGGAUUUGACACGGGAAGCAGCCAUUAUUUAUGUGUAUUUUUAUUGUAAUUUUAAAUGGUCAUUUUGAAUGAUGUUUUGUAAAUAGAUGCAUGUGUUCUUAAGUAAGUGCAAUAAACAAUAUUUUUG